UUCUCUUUUUCUUCUCUUAUCUCUCUCUCAAACACACACACCCACACACAAGAAGGAAGAUGUUUAGGUUGAUCACAGGUAUACCGGGGCCUAGUGGGUUCGGAUCUGCAUCAACGGCUGAGAAUGUGACUGAGGGGAUUGACGCCACAAACUUGACAGCCAUAAUCACAGGUGGAGCAAGUGGGAUUGGUUUGGAAACUGCAAGAGUUCUAGCUAAGAGAAAUGCACAUGUUAUUAUAGCAGCAAGAAACAUGGAAGCAGCUAAUGCAGCAAAGCAGUCCAUUCUCAAAGAUUACACCAAAGCUAAAGUCACCACCCUUAAACUCGACCUCGCUUCUCUCGACUCAGUCAAGGCUUUCAGUCAUGAGUUCGCCACUCUCAAUCUUCCCCUCAACAUCUUAAUAAACAAUGCUGGUAUCAUGUUCUGCCCUUUUCAGCUGUCUCAAGAUGGGAUUGAGAUGCAGUUUGCUACAAAUCAUCUUGGCCACUUCUACUUGACUAACCUACUCCUGGACAAGAUGAAAGAAACUGCAAAAUCUACGGGGAUCGAGGGGAGGAUUGUGAAUCUAUCAUCGGUAGCACAUCUACUCACUUACCCAGAAGGGAUUGCUUUCGAACAGAUCAGUGAUCAAAAGAAAUAUGAUGACAAGAAAGCAUAUGGACAGUCCAAACUAGCCAAUAUAUUGCACGCGAACGAGCUCUCUAGGCGUCUGGAGAGUGAAGGAGUGAACAUUACAGUGAAUUCAGUGCAUCCGGGGCUGAUCAUGACGAAUCUGUUCAGAUAUUCCGGGAUUUUGAUGAAAAUGUUGAAGCUGGCAACUCACAUUCUCUGGAAAAAUGUUCCUCAGGGUGCAGCUACAACGUGCUAUGUUGCGCUCCACCCCGGCCUUAAGGGAGUGUCGGGGAACUACUAUGUCGACUGCAACGAGUUCAAGACAAGCAGCCUGGCCAGAGACGAGGCUUUGGCAAAGAGACUCUGGGAUUUCAGCUGCAACUUACUUAAGACAGCUGAAAAAGCCUGAAUGCACAUCAAUGAGUUGAACUCUGUUUCAAAUUAAGAUCUUGUGGUUUUUAAUGUUUUGUAAAUUUGGACAAGAAUAUUGCUCAAAUCAUAGAAGAUGGCCUAGUUUUUCUUGUCUAAAAAAGAUGUGUUUAUUUACAUAUAACAAAUAUUUUGAGUGUUAUGUGCUUCUGCAUGCAUUGUAAUUGAUGUAUUAAUUUCUCUAUAUAUAUCACUAUUACUACUA